UCGCGCGCACUCCCACCGGGACGACCAUAGUCGCUGUGUGCACUCGGGCCGAGAAUUUAUUUUUAUUGCAUUUCCUCGACGUUUCCUUGCAAGACGUCCCUUACGCGUCACACAACGGUAUACUAUUAUUAUGUCACAGUACAACCGCGCCUGAUCGCCACUGCACCGCCGGGAAUAACACUUUCGUCUUUGUCAAAGAUUAAUUAAUUUUUUUUUUUCCGUUUACUCUGUUUCCGCGAGAGACGCCGGUCGUCCGACUAACGUCCACGUUUCGUACGUAAUAUAAUACAAUAUAUUUUAUAUUCAACACCCGUAUAAAGUUAUUGGCCGGACACACUUGCUGCUGCAGAUCCAACGAAUAUUAAUUCCGCAUUAACAUUCUCUCGUUAAACGAGCGCUCGCGGUCCGCACACACAUCACCCGAUCGUACAUAUCGCGCACACACGUUGACGGACACGUAUAGGACGGCGGUGGGCCCGGAAGGCAUCACGGUGGUGUCGACGGAAGAAGACGGACGGACGGUGGCCGGCGCCGGCUACUGGACGGGGGGCGCGACCGGCGGCGACGCUGACGCCGCGGUCGCGGCACCGUGGCAGUCAACGUUGGGCACGCUGGGCGGCGGUGGUGGCGGCGGUGGCGGCGUCGUUGUCGGCAAUGUCGGUAACGGCGGCGGUGGCGGCGUCGUCGGCGGUAACGGCGGUGGCGGUGAACUGGACCCCGUGGCCGCAUGGGGCCGCAAGUUGUACGCCACGCCGGGCAACCAUCACCGGAACGCCACCGCGGCUGGCCUCAUGUUCGGCCUGCACCACCACCAUCACCAGGAUACCACGACGCCCGGUGGUAUAUCCGGACUGCACCAUCAUCAUCACCAUCACCACCAUCACCAGCUCCGGGGCCCUGUCACCGGGCUCAAAGAAGAACCUUUGGCCAACUCGCAGCUGUCCGUUCCCCGUUCGUGGAUGCAACCUUCCAUCAUCGAUCAGAGCAGUAUCGGCGUGGGAAGGGCACAUUUUGAGAAGCAACCUCCGAGCAAUCUGAGAAAAUCCAAUUUCUUUCAUUUCGUCAUCGCACUGUACGACAGGUCUCAGCAGCCAAUUGAAAUCGAACGGACCGCGUUCAUCGGAUUCAUCGAAAAGGAUCAGGAAUCCGAGUCGCAGAAGACCAACAACGGUAUUCAGUAUAGACUACAGCUGUUGUAUGCUAACGGUGUGCGACAAGAACAAGACAUAUACGUGAGGCUCAUCGAUACCGUUACCAAACAGGCCAUCAUUUACGAAGGUCAAGACAAGAAUCCAGAGAUGUGCCGGGUGUUGCUCACUCACGAAGUCAUGUGCAGCCGAUGCUGUGAUAAGAAAAGUUGUGGCAACAGAAACGAAACACCAUCCGAUCCGGUCAUCAUCGACAGAUUUUUCUUGAAGUUUUUCUUGAAAUGCAAUCAAAAUUGUUUGAAAAACGCUGGCAAUCCCAGGGACAUGCGGAGGUUUCAAGUGGUCAUUUCGACACAAGUUACGGUUGAAGGUCCCCUGUUGGCAGUAUCGGAUAACAUGUUCGUUCACAACAAUUCAAAGCACGGACGCCGAGCAAAACGUUUAGAUCCAAAUGACGGCAUGUUUUCUCCUCUGCCCGUGGCUACACCGUGUAUAAAACACAUUACACCGAGCGAAGGAUGGACCCACGGCGGAGCUUCGGUCACUAUAUUGGGUGAUAAUUUCUUCGACGGGUUGCAAGUGGUUUUCGGCAGCAAUCUAGUUUGGAGCGAACUAUUGACUCCACACGCCAUACAAGUGCAAACACCGCCCAGGCCCAUACCCGGCAUCGUGGAGGUAACGUUGUCGUACAAAUCCAAACAGUUUUGCAAAGGAUCACCCGGCAGAUUCGCGUACAUAUCACUCAGCGAACCGACCAUUGAUUACGGUUUUCAAAGACUACAAAAAUUCGUACCCAGAUAUCCAGGUGAUCCCGAAAAACUACCAAAGGAAGUGAUCCUGAAGCGGGCCGCGGAUUUGGCGGAAGCACUUUAUACGAUGCCCAGGAACAAUCAGCUGUCGCUGUCGCUGCCUAGGUCUCCGUGCUCACGGGACAGGGACGGCAACAACAUGUCGACGACGGCGGGGUCGGUGGGCACCGGGUUCAACCCGUAUACCGGACAGCUAGCGGUGACCGUUCACGACCACGGUGCAACCGGUCAAUGGAACGACGACGAUUACGGACGCGGUCAGAGCAGCAGCGUGUCGCCCCGAGGCGGCGGUUAUGGGUCCAGCGCAUCGACACCGCACUCGACCAACGGCACGAACGGAAGCACGUACAUAAAUCCGCCACCGACCAGCGGUGGAGGCGGUGGUGGAGGUGGAGGUGGAGGCGGAAGUGGCGGCGGCGGUGGAGGCGGCGGAAACCCGUCCAAUUCCGGUCCCAACAACGGUAACGGGGGAAAUCCCGGUUACAACGGUUCCGCCAUGCCCAACACCACGUCGGCUGCGUCGUCCGUUCAGCUGACCAACAUGAAUUCGCCCACGGCUACCUCGCACCCGUCGCUCUUCAAUUCUUCCUCGAGAAUGGGCACUUUGGUUACAUCUCCGUUCGCAAUGAAUCCGUUCGCUCUACCUAACUGCAACGGACAGCCGUACGCCACAAGCCCGUUAAUCAGCUCGUCUGCGAAAUAAAUACCAAGACACAAUGCGCCUCUAAAGUAGUGUCGAUUAUGUUUUCUAGUAGUUGUCAAAUUUAAUCGACUGUACACACUACACACCGAUUCGGGAACACGACACUUCCGCAUAAUAGGUUUACAAUACGCAUUGUUAUUAUUAAAAUCAUUUAAUCAUUAUUUAUUAUUAUUAUUAUUAUUUAUUAUUAUCAUUAUUAUUACUAUUGUUAUUAUAAUUAUUAUUAUUACAGUCCGGAUUUUUAUAACACUUAAAAUAAUAUGUUUGUAUAAUAUUAUACACUAAAUCUCAACAAACAAAUCAAUUUGUUAUAUAAGGACACCGAAAAAUGUAAAUUCUUCGUUGUAUAAACUCGAAAAUGACUUUCUUACUACGUAUUUAUUCUUCAAGAGUAGGUGCAAUAAUAUUACUACUGUUAAAUAUAUUUUCAUGUUGUAGUAUGGAUAAACAUAAUUAAAUCGGUAUCGACGUUUUAAAUAAAAUCAUUGGAUUAGUUGGUUAGGGUUGGAAUGAAAAUAAUUAUCUUAGCUUCAAAAAAUACUCUGUUACCGAUCUCAUUUCAUAAUUACUUAGGUACACUUAAAGACUUCAAACAUGUAAUACAUUAUACACAAGUACGUAACUUAUAAACAGAGCUGAGGUCCGAUUUUUUUUUACUUUUUCUACGAGAACAUAAAAGAUAAACGGGAAAACGUCUAUGCAACUUUUUCAUAAUAUUAUAAAAAUUAUUUACACAAAACCAUAGAUGUAACAUCAUUUUUUAUCACUACUUUAGAACUAAUGAUUAUUGCAAAAUUAUUACCUCUGUUAUAAGAACAAAAUGAAUUAAAAUGCUAUUUUCUACACAUGUAUAAUAUUAUACAUCAGAACAAAAAUAACAUGGUAUGAUAGCAACCAACUGACAUCCUUGGGUCUUGCCAUGUUGCCCUGUUAUUAUCAUUAUAUUAUAAUAUGAAUUAUAAAGUGUAAUCAGUUUUAUAUACUUAUAAUAAAUAAAAUCACAAAAAAUCCGGACAAUAAGUUAUUAUUAUUGUCGGCAUAAUAAUAAUUGUUGUCAUAUCGAUUAAUGGUUUAGGACAUUUUUGCUUCUGUCUUACUGACCAACAUUUUAUGUAAUAAAUAAAAAUAAUAAUAAAAAUUAAAAUAUCAAAUUUUAAUAAAUUUCGAUAACACUAUUUUUGUAUAAAGAAAA